AUGGCGGUUUCUGUGAAGCUUCUCUUUGCUAUACUCUUGCUCUACGUCUUUGCCACAGGAGAAAGUCAGCGUUGCGAUACUUCAGAUAUUCAGGUUCAGACUAUCAACACUGGAGAAAGGCAUAACCUUGAUUUUGUCUUUGAGGUGCAAGUGAAAAAUCUAUGCCGCUGUCCAGUGUCAAAUGUGCACUUGCGUGCAGAUGGAUUUAGCAGCUCCAUGCCAGUUGACCCGAAAGUUUUUAGAGAAGAUGGCACCUCCUACCUUUUGCAUGAUGGGCAGCCCAUUGCGAGCCAGACCACAUUCAAGUUUCAGUAUGCCUUUGAUAGAGGCCAUCAAAUACUUCCUACCGAUAAUUUUACAAUUAAUUGCUAA